GAACAAAUCUCCUCACAAUACAAUGUGGAAUUCUGAAGAGCAGAUGGAAACAGCCGAGAGUAAAAAGCCCAACCAUUUUGGGACUAAACGUCAAUCCGGACGAACUAUAAAGCCUCCCUCUCUCGCGUCUUUCACAUUCCUCCGUCUCCUGUAACUAUUAGGUUCUCUUUCUUCUUCUUCGUCAAGAAGAAAAAAAUAUGAAUCAGAGAUAUUGUGUGUGCAGAUCAGUCUUACGAAGAAACCCAUUUACAAGAUGGUCAUCAAAACCCAUAUCUUCUUCUUGUUCUUCAUUAAUCUCGAAUAAUCCAACUUCUUCAAUACUUGUCUCAAAAUACCUGCACACUUUUAACUAUCCCCCACAAAUCUUCUUAACCUCUGGAAACCAUUUCCGGAAAUUCAGUGGACAAGCAGCAGAAAAAUGCAACUUUGAAGAAAAUUAUCUUAAAGAAGAAAAGUCUAAAGUUCAUUCUGCAGUAAUCGACGCUUGGAUGCACAUAGAAUUAGGCACCCUACCUCCUCUUGAUGCUGCCAAGAUUCCAGCAGACCAAUUCAAUGCCUUCAAGCAAAAAUUUGAUCUUGACAAUGGGGAUUAUUCGCAUCACCUGCAGAGAUAUGGAGAAGAGAUUGUAGAAGAGAUUGAAAUGUUAGAAGACUCCGUUAAGCAAGGUGUGGCUUAUGGGAAGUACGCUGAUGCAGGUGGCAAAUUGGGUUAUCACUUCAAGGAUUGGUAUAAUGAUGUUGGUAGGUUCCAGGGAGAGGGUUCUGAAUCAGAAAAUGAAAGUGACACUUUACCAACUGCUCAGGAUGAUGAGUCUUCUGCAGUUGUUGCUCAAAACCUGACAGACAAUACCAAUCAGAUAUCUUAGUAAUUGAGCAGUAAUCUUUUUGGUUGGUGACUGACCCGAGUUCGAAAGUCUAUCAGCACCAUAAUCUUACUUAUGGAUAAAAAAAAAGAAGAAAAGAGACUCAAAUGGCUAUUCAGUCAUAGCAAAGCAAGCCCGUAUCAUCAACAAUGAAGGAAAAAAGAGAGAAUUUGAUGAAAAGAAUUGGUAUGAAAUUGUUACAACUAGUCAAGUACAAAUCCCUAACAUUACAUAUAGCUAACAAUUUCUGAUAUGGCAAACAAUGUCAACUGAGUCAGCAUCUUACUGACAUACUACUACUAGUUUACUAUUAUCUUCAUCUUGUUUAUUUGACCUUACAAGGUGGC